GUUCUGUGCGCGGAAUAUCAGGACAUUCUCGCUAUCUUACUCUCAAGGUCAAGGCUCAAACCUUCUGCACAUUUGCCAGUCGAGCGAACAUGGCAAACGCUACCUUCGGUAACCGGGAGCAGUUAUCCCAGUUCGACUGGCCUACUACACCUAUCCCUCCGAAUCCGUUGGGAGAAGGCAGGUACAUACGAACCGCCGCCGCUCUGAUGAUUGGGGAUGAGAUACUGAAUGGCAAGACUCUGGAUACAAAUUCAAACUACUUCGCCAAGUUCUGCUUUGAGCACGGAAUAGACCUGAGACGCAUCGAAGUCAUUCCUGAUGAUGAAGACGACAUUAUCGAAGCCAGUCGACGGUUAGUGAAGAAGUACGACUUUGUGAUCACUUCGGGCGGCAUCGGACCUACCCAUGAUGAUAUCACCUACGCUUCCCUUGCCAAAUCCUUCGACCAGGAACUUGUCUAUCACGAAGAGACGCUCCGAAGAAUGGAAGAAAUGAUUAAAAGCAGGCCUUCGAUGGCAAACCAGAAUGCAGAGCAACAGGAAGCGCGGAAACGCAUGGCAUUAUUCCCGAGCCGUGGUGAACCACUAUAUGUUGCGGGUGAUAUGUGGGUGCCUGUAGUUCGGCUGGAAGGGAAACUCUGCAUAUUCCCUGGCAUUCCGUCUCUCUUUACUCGCCUCCUGGACGGGUUGAAACCGUUUCUUCCUCUUCCGCCCCCGGAGGCACGCCCGUCACGAGUGCAGAUAUUCACCGAGAUGCCUGAAUCCUCCAUAGCACCAUACCUGACCAACCUCCAGAAGCGCGUGAAAUCUGAGGAUAUCCGCGUUGGAUCGUAUCCAUUACUGAAACAAGGCGUAUAUGUCUCCCUCAUCGGCGUCGAUAGGCAUCGCGUGGAUGAAGUUGCGGAGGAGGUGGUUAAGGAGAUUCAAGGACGGCUGGUCAGCGACGAGGAGGUAAAAGCUGAGAAGCGGAGGUCAGACGAAGUCAAAGCGAAAGUAUGAAUAGAUCCAGGUAGGUAUAUUUCCCGGCGCGGUCCCUAUUCCUGAACAACCGCACUGCACGCCAAUACGCGCGGCUUGGCG